AUGGAUAGAAAAAUAGAUAAUAAAGGAGAGGAAAAACAUAAUAUCCCAAAUAAUGAUGAUUUAAAAUUUUUAAAAUUUUAUUCUAAUAUAUUAUUUAAAUAUGCAGAAGAAGAAAAGGAACAGUCUGAAUUAUUGGGGUUUUCAGGCAAAUUAGAAAAUAAAAAAAAGUGGUUAAAAAUAAAUAUUGAUUUAAUUUUAAUAAUCCUUUUUUUUAUUGUUAUAUAUACUUCAAAUAGUGUAGUGAAGGUAAAAAAUUUCCAAAAUUUUCUAUACAAUGAUAUAAAUGAAUCAAGAACUUUUUCAGAAACAUUUUAUAAAUCUAUAAGUGAUGAUAUAAAAAAAAUAAAUAAUAAUUUUUCUUAUAAUCCUCAAAAAAAUGAUUUCACUAUAUUUAAAAAUAUACGUAGUAAAUUUGAACUGUCUUCAUGGAUUAAAAAUGCCUUUACUGAAAAGGUAGCACAAGACAAGUUUUUAAAUAAUAAUAUUUUAUUUGGAAAAUGCUGGAGAAUAACUAUGAGAUUAUAUAAAAAAAAUCAUAAUGAACCAAUAAAUAUAUAUAAAAAUAAAAAAACAUAUGAAAUAUAUCCAGAUGAUUACUUUUCAAAUGAAUUAGAAAAUACGCAGGAUAUUAGUUCUACAUAUUUUGGAACAGAUUGGAACUAUUUAUUUUCAUAUGGAAAAUCAUAUAAACAAUUAGGAGGUUUAUAUCAAAUAAUAUGUGAAGAAAAUAAAGAGAAAAUGCAUGAACAACUUUCUCAGGGUACUUAUUAUUCUAUAGAUUACCCAUAUUUUAUACCAGCUAUUAUAUUAACAAAUUAUAAUAUAGCUUCUGUUUCAUUGGAUUUUUUAUUAUAUAAUCCUUUGUUAAAUAUUUUGUCAUAUAAUAUUUUAAAAUUUUCAUUUUUACCUAAUGCGAAAACGCAUAAAGAAUUAACAACCUUAUCAGCUUCUACUAGCCAACUUAAUAACUAUAUUUUUUUCAUUUCAUUAUCUAUAUUUAUUAUUUUGCUUGUUAUUCAAAUUUCAAAAAAUGUUCGAAAAUUUAUGUUAGUUGGAUUCCGACUAUAUGCUAAAUCGUAUCCAGUCAAAUUUGCCCUUUUAGUUACCUUUAUCUUCAACUUGGCUAUUCUAGGUAUUUACAUUUUGUACCAGUUUUAUCUCCCAAAUAUUCAAGUAUUGUUUAACGAAGGAAAAUAUGAAUUUGAUGGAUUUUAUUCAAAAAUAAAUAAUAGCAAUAUUGUAGAUUUGAUAAAUAAUGUAGGGUCACAAUUAUCAACAAUAGAAUUCAUUCGAAAUAUUUUUAUUGGAUCAUCUAUAAUAAGUUUUAUUAUUUGCUCUUAUGCUUUUAUAAAACAAUUUGGGGUUUUGAUACAAAAAUAUAAUAAUGUUGAAAAGAACAUAAAAACCGAUUUUUUAUACACAUUUGUUAUCAUAAUUAUUAUAAUAUUUGGGUGUUUGGGUAUAUUUUCAUUUUUUAGCUAUAAACUGUUUAACCUUCCAGAAAAGAUUAAUUCUAGCAUUCUUAAUGUAUUUAUUUUGAAUGCCUGUAUUGUAUUUGGAAAUUUUCAAAGAUUUAAUAUUUAUUCUAUAAAAAAUAAAGAUAAUUUUAUUUCUUACAUGUAUUCUGUCUCGUUAUUAAUUUUUAUUAUUACUAUAAGUUAUUCAGUUAUAUUUUUUCUAGCCAUUAAAUCGUUUUUUAAAAGAAACAAAAAGUUGCGCGAUAUGUUUACUAAUUUAUAUUCCAAAAAAUUAAUAAAACAUAAUAAAAAAAAUGAAGAAAAUGAAAAAUACAUUAGCAGAAGUAAUAGCAAAUAUAAGGAUGAACAUGAUAUAGAACCACUUAGCAAUGAGAUUGUACAAAACAAAACAAAAGAUAUAAAUAUGCUCGAAAAGCGUGCCUCAAAAAGUGAUAACAUAAAUAAUUAUAAUAUUCCAAAGGCAAAAAAAGAACAUUCCAAUAAAAACAUGACCAAUGUAAUAUACGAUAAAUCAUUAGAAACUCAUAAUAAUGAUAUAAAAAAAUACAAACAUGAAAGUUUAAGUAGUGAUAGUAGUAGCAAUAGUAGUUAUUUAUCAAAUGAUUCAAAUGUUUAUGAAAUAGAUACAAACAAUUUGAAUUAUGCAGAUUUAAAUUAUAAAGAUAUAUUAAAUAUGGGCAAAAAUCAAAAUAAUCAAAAAAUUUUGAACGAUAGAAAAAAUUUGGAAGAACAAAAAAAAUGUAUUUUUUUUAAUAUCGAACAAAUUUUAGACAUAUUUUUAAAUAUGAACAACACAAUUAUGUCUUUAUCAUAUAAGGAAAAAAAACGAAUUUUAAAAAAAUACAAUAAAUAUAAGACAAAACAUAGAAGAACUAUAUUUUCUAUAUAUUUAUGUACAUCAAUCAUUAUGUUUAUUUUAUUAUUUUUGAUUAGUGAUUUUAAUAAAGGUAAAGAACAUGAAGAUUUAUUAAGAUAUCAAAUAGAAAAUAUAAUUUAUCCACCAAACAUAAAUUUAGUAGAUACUAUGAAAUAUCACAAUCUUAACAAAUUUAUAAGUGUUAAUAUACAUAAUGAAAGUUUAAACUUCAAUAAAAUAGGAAAUAGGAGUGAUAUAAUUGAAUGGAUAAAAAAUUCUUUUGCUGGUUUUUUAAAAAAUGGGUCUAAUAUUGCAGAACAUAAUAUGAAUCCUCAUUAUAAAAAAUUUAAAUGGAUAGACAUUUUCAAUAUUCGUAAUGAAAGUGUAAAAAUAAGAAUUAGGUUUAGAGAAAAAAUGAAAUCUACAAAUAAUAUUCUUACUUGCGAUUAUACAUUAAAAAAUUGCUAUGCAUAUUUAACAAAAAAAGAAAGAUUUGAGCGUAAUUUAAAUAAAAUAUCGUUACUAAUUAAUGAUUCAACUGAAGAAAUUAAAAUAUCUUUUAUUUUAUAUGAUAAUAUUGAUCAGCACAGUGUUUUAGUAAAUAUACGUUUUAUUAUAACACCUAAUGGACAGAUAAAAAAAAGCAUAAUUUUUGAUCAUUUAUUUUUUAAUUCUUUUAAUUUUUUCCACAUCAAAGGAAUAAUAAUUAAUCUAAUGUUUGGAAUUAUAUUAAUAUCAUUAGUUAUAAAUAUAUAUAUGCAUUUUUUUAAAAUUUUUUCUUACUUCAAAAAUAUUUAUCUUUCAAUUUUAUAUAGUUCCAAUAAUACCAAUACUACAGCAGAUGGUUGCAUGCAUAGCGAUUUAAAUACUUUUUCUGGACCUGAAGAAAAUAUGCAUACAUCAUAUGAUUUUAAUAACUAUAAUUAUAAUAACCAACAGCUAAUGGAUUUUUACACCGCUAAUCAGUAUGGUAGCUAUCCUGAUUAUUACACCCCUAAUAACUUUGGGGGUAAUUAUGCGGAAAAUUAUGCAAAUAAUUAUGGGGGAAUUUACCCGAAUACUUAUAAUGGAUUUGACACACAUAUAUACCAAAAGCAUUACAAGCCAACAACUAAACUAUUGUUAAAAUUAAAAAUAUUUUUUAUAUACAUUUUUGAAUGCGAUUUAUUAAAUUUGAUAAUAUGCUUAUUUCAAAUUUCAACCAUUAUACUAUGGCUAGUUAUGAGCAUUUAUAUUAACAAGAUAGAAUACUAUCAUGAUUUUAUGGACAUAUAUUAUGAUAUGUAUAUAACUUUAUUUGGGAUAUUUUCAAAAUUUAAAAGUCUAUUUUAUUUAGUUAUUUUUUUUCUCAUAAUUAAUAUGUUUAUUUUUUUGUUUGACAUUAUUAAAAAGGAAAAGCUGUUUGAAGCAUUGCGUCUUAACAAAAAACAAAUAGCGAAAUUUGGAUUCAUAUUAUUAUUUGUUUACCUGAAUUUUUUUUUAUUUAAUUAUUUUUUUUAUGGAUUAGAUGGAUUUAAUGACAUGACAAUCUCUCAGAAGUUUAUGCAUUCAGCUUUAAUAUUAUCAGGAUUUGCUAGUAUUGAAAUUUAUAUGAAAUGUAACUUUUUUUAUUUUAUAAUGUUUAUAUUACCACACUUAAUUUUUGUGCGUUUUCUUUUUAUAUAUUCGUUAUUGUCCCCAAUUUUAGUUAGCUAUUUAAUUUUAAUUAAAAAGCCACCAACCAAAAAAAAAAGAAAGCAAAAUAUAAUCAACAAAAAAGAUGAAGAUUACUCAAAUUUUAAACUAACGCAUUUAAGUAAUGAGCAAUGGAAAUAUUUAAAUGAAGACAUAAAAAACUUUUCAGAAGAUGAGACACAAAAAAUGCUGAUAUAUUUUGAAUAUUUUAAAAUGAAAUUAAAAAAGUAUAAUGAUGUCUCUAUGAUUUUGAAAAAAGAAUCAGAACUUUUAAUGGAACAAGCAAAAAGUCUAAAGUUGGAUUUGCAUAAAAUUGAAUUACAAUGGAAAUUUGGAACUAAACUUUUAUCGUCAUCGAACGCAUACAUCGAAAAAAUGAAUAAACAGAUAACUGCCAAUGAAGAAACAAUUUCUUUAGAUAAGAAGAAAAUAUCAACACUAAGGAACUAUGCAGAACAACUAAAUUUUGAUUCAGAGAAUAUAAAUAGGAUAGACAAGAAACAACAAAAGUAG